ACAGUUGGUUAUGAAAUCUGAACGUGUUAGCACGUGCCGCACGGAUCUCGUAGCAGCCGAAAAAAUAAAUAACAAUCAGCCAUCAAUUCAGUUCCACUUCAAAAUCAGCAUCAUACAAAAAACGACUCCAAAACGUUCCAAAAACUCUGAGAGACGAAAGUGAACCUUUGAGAAAACCCCAAACAAAUUAACAGACUCAGGACAGUGAGGAAGUUGCAGAAGUUGGCCAAACAUCUGAAUCAGAGAUUGGAAAACACUACCAGCCACAAGACACUUUGUGUUUGAAAUUUGUGUUGUUUUGUGUUCGCGCGCCCGUCUUUUCUUACUGUCUCUUUCACUCUCUGUCUCACGCUGUCUCUGUCUCAUGCUAACCAACUCAAUCAACAAGCUGCACGAACUUGACAAAUAUACAAAAUAUAAAAUACGUAUAUAAAAAUAAAAUCAAAAUCAACCACACCACCAGUUUCAAGUUUUUUAUCAAAAAAGAAAGUCCGUCGGCUUUUUUUUGUGUUUUUUUGAACAUUUUUUUAACGUUCUCAAAACAUACAACAAAACAAGAAAAAAAAAAAACAAAAAAUAGUGUAAUAAGAAACAAAAGUGAGUCCCCGAAGGGAGUGAGCGCGAAUCGAACCUCUAACUAAGCAAUUCCAAAGGGCGCAAUACUAAAUACUUUGGCAUUACUUACUUAGACUCGAAGAAAGUCAGGACACCGACAGCCGGGGAGGACAGGAAACAGGACACGAGGACACCGUUGGGCAAGAAUAGCAGCAACAACAUCAGCUUCAGAGCAGGACCGGACGGCCUGGUUGCUUACGGAAACAUGCCGCUGGCGUUGCACGUGUUGCAGCUCACGUCUGCCGCCUCCCCUCCGCCCCACUAGAGGCUGAGCCCUACUCGAUUGGCGGCGGUGGGGGCUGGGGGCGGUGGCUCGUGAGGAGCCCACUGCAACGGCACAAUGCCGGGUGGCAAUGCAACAUCUGCGGCGGCAACAACAGCGCGUGCAGCGCUCGCAGUAGCAGCCAGCACGUCCACCGUUGCGACCACAUGGCUGCAACAACUGCUCAACAACAACCGCUCGACGGAGGCGACUGGGAGCGGCGGCGACAGUGGCACUGGCGGCGGCCGUAGCGGAGAUGGCGGCUCCCCAACGGACACGGACCUUGGGGCGCCGCUGUACGAGGACGUGGAAGCGGCGGUGGAGGACGCCGGCUACGCGCUGAUCGACGAUAUCAGCGAAUGGCUGCUGGGACCCUCGGCCGGCGGGCCGGCCACGGAGAACAGCACUUCCAUCGCGAACGAGACACUGGGCAGCUGGCUGGGAGUCAAUGAUCUCGGCAACCUGUCCGAGAUGCUGAACACCACCCAGCUGGCCGGCCAGCUACGGGGGAAUGCCACCCCGCCGGGGGAGGCGCUGGACGCAGUGGAGGCCGAUAUGGAGCUGGCGGGGGGAACGACGACCGGGGCCCCGGAGGCGGGUCGCUUUGAUUUGCGCAGCUUUGUGGAGCAACAGCUGGAGGGUGCCGUCGGAGGGGAGGCGGAUACGGGGGGCAUAGCCCUCAUCGACAGCGGCGAGGAGGCGGCCCUCGACAACGUGGCGGAUGCGGAGACCGACUACGGUCUAUUGAACAACUUCGGGAACGCCGAGUUGCUUCAGAGAACCGCCAUGGCCGCCCGCGAGACUCUAGAAAAUCGCACCCACCACCGGCUAGGAGGCGGCUUGGCAGGAGCAGGAGCAGGAUCUGCAGCCGGAUACGGGGGAGGAGCAGGCGUGGGGGGAGUGGGUCUGGGGGGGGCAGAGCCUGGUACAGCAGCCGGAGGCUCGGGAGGCAGCACUUUCAUGCUGCUGCUCGAAAACUUUAACGAUUAUUUUCCAAACUACAAUGGCAGUGCGGUGACGGGAACGAGCACCACCGCCAUGGCCGGGGCGGUGGCCACCGCCGGACAUGGCAGCGGCGGGGGGCUCCUCGUCGAGCAGAAUCUGACGGGACUGUACCUCGACGGCUACCGACUCAACUGCACCAACGAGACGCUCAACCUGACCGACUCCUGUGCCGAAAUGAGAGUGGUGGACCACAACUACUGGGCGCUCAUCUUGAUUCUGUUCCCCAUCCUGACCCUCUUCGGAAACAUUCUAGUCAUCCUGUCCGUUUGUCGGGAGCGCUCCCUGCAAACAGUCACGAAUUAUUUUAUAGUCUCACUGGCCAUCGCCGAUCUCCUGGUGGCCGUGGUCGUAAUGCCGUUUGCCGUCUAUUUUCUGGUAAAUGGAGCCUGGGCCCUGCCUGACGUUGUUUGUGAUUUCUAUAUAGCCAUGGAUGUGAUAUGCUCUACUUCAUCGAUAUUCAACUUAGUUGCCAUCUCCAUAGACAGAUACAUCGCUGUGACGCAGCCAAUAAAGUACGCCAAGCACAAAAACAGCCGCCGCGUUUGCCUUACGAUUCUGCUGGUCUGGGCCAUAUCGGCUGCCAUAGGCUCGCCCAUUGUUCUGGGCCUGAACAACACGCCCAAUCGCGAGCCCGAUGUCUGCGCCUUCUACAAUGCCGACUUCAUCCUCUACUCCUCUCUGAGCAGCUUCUACAUACCCUGCAUUAUUAUGGUUUUCCUCUACUGGAAUAUUUUCAAGGCCCUGAGGAGUCGGGCGCGGAAGCAAAGAGCGGCCCGUAAGCCCCACCUCUCGGAACUGACUGGCGGCAGUGUCAUCGAGAAUAUCGCCCAAACCCGCCGACUGGCCGAAACGGCCCUGGACAGCAGUCGGCAUGCCAGCAGGAUCAUGCCGGACGAGCCGGCCACCAACACGGCCAGCGGCUCCAACGAGGAGGAGGACGAGAACGCCAUCUCUCCGGACAUCGAUGACUGCCACGUCAUCGUCAACGACAAGUCCACCGAGUUCAUGCUGGCCACCGUUGUCGAGGAGACGGGCAACAGCGUCGUGGCCCAAAUCACCACCCAGCCCCAACUGGUGGUCGCCGAUCCGAACGGUAAUCAUGAUUCUGGUUAUGCUGCCUCAAACGUUGACGAUGUCCUUGCAGGCGUGGGCGCUCCGUCCUCCGCCGGCGCCUCCGCCUCCGCGGCGCCGCCCAGCAGCGGCUCGCCGCCGGAUAGUCCGCUGCCCAGUGGUGCCACCCUGCAGCGAUCCAGCGUCAGCAGCCGACGGAACACCGCCGACGAUUCGCCGAAGCGCGGCGACCCCGCCGCCCUCAGGUCAGUCGCUGUCGAUAACACCAGCGUCGCCAUGAAGCCGUUGUCCUUUGUCCGGUACGGAGUGCAAGAGGCCAUGACUUUGGCACGCAACGACUCAACGCUAUCGACCACAUCGAAAACGUCCUCGCGCAAGGAUAAGAAGAACUCGCAGGCGUCAAGAUUCACGAUAUACAAAGUGCACAAGGCCUCGAAAAAGAAACGCGAAAAAUCGUCGGCCAAAAAGGAGCGCAAGGCCACCAAAACAUUGGCCAUAGUUUUGGGUGUCUUCCUAUUCUGCUGGCUGCCGUUCUUCAGCUGCAACAUCAUGGACGCCAUGUGCGCCAAGUUCAAGAAAGACUGCCGCCCGGGUCUGACGGCCUACAUGCUUACCACCUGGCUGGGCUACAUCAACAGCUUCGUCAAUCCGGUCAUCUACACGAUAUUCAAUCCCGAGUUCCGCAAGGCCUUCAAGAAGAUCAUGCACAUGGGGUGAUUGAAAACGCCCCUUGACAAACGCGGGAGCAAUGCGGUUCGAAGGAUACGUACGGCAGUACGGAGCAGUGUGCCAAAAAUGCAAGCAAUCCAAGAAGCACUAAGAUCCCAACUCGCCACUCAAUUAGGCAUUUGGGUUUUGUGUUGAAUUAUUUAUCGUUUAUUUCAACGUUUGUUGGUUGUUUCAGUAGCAUUAAGCACGUAUGUUUAGCUAUUUUAUGUAAAUAGAUCCUGUAUAUAUCGACUAAGGAACUCGAUGUCAGAACUUAACGAGCUGUAGGCUAGGCACAAUUUUAAACAAUUACGUUUAGCUAACCCGACUAGCGUUAUACCUAAUACAUAAAUUAUACACAGCCCAAGCAACCAGAAAACAGAAAACAGAAAGCAAACUCCUCCCAAGGACCCCAGCCAGAAAAUCUAGAAGUAAGUUCGUAAAAAUCAGCUAUUUGGCACCUUAGGAUGUACGGUUCGCUUCAAUCAGAGACGUAGUGCUAGUUUUUGUUGGCUGCUCUCGAAAUUCCGAACAUAUCACGAGCAGCUGGCAAAAAUGUAUUCCCAACCCCACCCCCAGCCGCCCAAGUCUCUGACACGCCCCCACCCGCCCCAUUUUUUCCAAAAAAAAAAAAACAGAAACAAAAACGCAAAACGCAAAACAAAAUUAAAUUUAAAGACUAGCUAAGUGUAGUAAAGAAAUCCAUAUCUCUAAAAAGUAACGACAUGCGGCUCUGCUGGGAGCAGUCCUGUGUCGAUAAUUGGUAUCGAUAUUUAGUGUGUUAGUUAGUUGUCGUGUAUCGAUAGGUUAAGGCAACAAGCGGUACUUUGAGGUCAGCGCUCGCCAGCAACAACACUCACAGAACACUAACACGAAUGAUCCGAAUAAGUUAAGAGGGAUUUUUAUAAAGCUUAAGUUUUGUUUAGAGUUCAUUGACAGGGCAGUCCUUUGGCGAAAAUCGAUAGAGUACCGACCAACAGUCGAUAAGAUAUCGAUAGCCAUUUGCACCCCUAACUCCAUUCUUUUUUUUCGAAGGAAUGAAUGUACGUGUCUGGCAAAGCUUGGGAGUUCUUCGGGUAAGCCCUGGUCCUGGCCGAGCUCUUGUCAGGAUACAUACUGAAAAAGAUCGACAGUUAUCGAAACACUCACGCACACAAGAAGACACCACAACCAAAUGAGCCCCACAAAUCGAAACUAGAAGAAUCGGGGGCCCUGACCUUGACGUCCUCCGCUUCCGAGGCACCACUUUCCGUUCACUUGAGUUUGAGUUCACACUGAGAGAAACACCGAGUAGGGUGGGAGAUAAACGAUGUAUGCGCAUUUAAAACCAAAGUUCGUACAUAGGCUAGGCACUAAACUCUAGGUAAGAUCUUAAGGACAGCGUACCUAGUACGCAGACAUAAACCAGAUAUAGAGUACUCGCUAACUAUAUCAGAUAGUCGGUAGCAGUGGAGAGGGGGAAGGGGAUAGGAGGAGGGAUGGCGAGAAUCAGGGUAUGUAGAUUGCUAGAAGCAAUUAGCUCCAGCUGAAGACCUGCGGUAGUAUGUAGAGGGAUACAGCAGAUAUGUGUAUGUGUUAAAUACUCGAUAGUGCAGUAUCAAAACUGAUGAGUUUUGAAACAAGGACCGAAACAGCCGAGCCCGACGCCCCUGGCGCACGUCCCGAAUAAGGGGGGGAGCAUGCCCCUUGCUCUCGGUCCAGACCAGGACCAGGAUCUGCCAAGGACAUCCCAUGGACCAAGGACAUGCGCCCACGGGCAUCGAUGGGGCGUUUGGGUCCCUGAUUUCAACGGCCGUCCUCUUAACUGUUUCUAUGUGACAAAUAAUUAAUAGAUACUUAAUCGUACUCGUACACGUGUAAUACUUUAUACAAAUUCCAUAUAUGAUAUGAAUGAAUAUUGUCUAGCGUCUAAGUACUAUAGAGUCCCCCUCUCCCCUUCCAAGACCCACGAGACCCCUAAGAAAAUGCCCCCAAAAGCUCACAGUUCUGUGAAGUCCCCUUUGUAGUAAAAAGAAAAGCUCAACUGUUUUUUAUACUUUCCUACAAAAAAUGAAAUACAAAAAUUAAAUCAUAUUUGUAUGCAUGCGUGUGUGUGAGUGAGUAUAUCCUGGGUGUAAAUUCUUUUUUUUUUUUAAUAGGUAGCUAAGAUUAGAAUUAAGACUAAUUAACAAAUAACAGUUCAACUUUCAGAAAUGCUCCUAAGUUAGGUUCUUCCAAAGAAAACGCUUAUUAAUUAUAGAAUAAUUGGUAAAUGUGCGACUUGUGCAACUUGAAUUAACGGUAAACAUACAUAUAUACAUAUAUAGACAAAGGAUAUACGUACACCAAAUACAACAACUAAAACUAAAACUAAAACAAGAAACAACAAAGAUCACACUGAAGAAAAUCGUAGCUUGAUUUCCCGAAUCGUUAAAUUGUUAUCUGUUAUUGUUAUUUUGUGGUUUUUAUAUAAAAACACGAUACUCUUAAGGUCCCUCCGUAACAUCAAAAUAUACAUAUAGCGAACAAGGAUCUCUGUACCAAGUAAGCAUACGAGCUAUAUGCAUAAUAUUUAGCAAAAUGAAACUAUUUUAAAGCAAUGUUCAUUACUUUUAUCGGUUUUUAUCGUUUUUUUUUCGACUAGAACAAGUUAUGAAUUAUUAACUAAUUGACGCGUAGGCUAAGCUCUGAGAAGGCAAACUAUUUCAAGGAUAAUUACACAAUAGCUAAUGAGAAUAAUAAUAGCGAAUAACAUGAUUAAAGGAUAACAGACAACCUAAUGUAAUACCGAACAGGAAAUGAAAUAAAUAAAGAAUCUGAA